UCUCUCUCUCUCCCUCUGUCCGAAUUUCCAACAGACAUUCCACACCUCCUCCUCCUCCUCCUCCCACCCCUCUCUCUGUCUUCCAAAAGGGGCCCGGCCAACCCCUGUUUUGAUUGAUACCUUCCCCAACUUUGUUGCUGAAAACAAUAACUUUCUCUCGUUUCCCUCGUACCCAUCUGAAAAGGAAAGCGAGCAAUCAACUCUGCAGCAAAAAAGCAGAGCAAUCGUCAUCGGCUCGAAGGGAAAGAAAUGCCGAAGCAAGUGCUGAAGGCGGGAAGCAGACCGCCAUGGGUGGGAUUGGCGGCUGCGGUCUGGGUCCAGACAGCAGCAGGCAACUCCUACAACUUCCCUCUCUACUCGCCGACCCUAAAGUCGGUGAUGGGUUAUAGUCAGCAGCAGCUCACGAUCCUCGGUGUGGCCAAUGAUAUCGGAGAGAACAUGGGCAUUCUUCCUGGGAUCGCCUGCAACAAGUUUCCACCUUGGGCUGUGCUCUUGGUUGGGGUCGUCUCUUGCUUCUUGGGUUACGGUGUUCUUUGGCUAGCUGUCAGUCAAACCGUCCAAAAUCUCCCUUACUGGCUGUUAUGGCUUGCGCUUUGUGUGGCCACUAACAGCAGUGCUUGGUAUGGCACAGCAGUGCUUGUGACAAAUAUGAGGAACUUCCCUCUCAGCAGGGGCACUGUCGCCGGCAUUCUCAAGGGUUAUAUUGGGAUCAGCGCUGCAGUUUAUACUGCAAUAUACUCUAUGGUGCUUGGCGGGACUGCAUCAAACUUAUUGUUGUUCCUUACGCUGGGGCUUCCCAUCUUAUGUCUUGCUAUGAUGUACUUCAUUCGGCCUUGUACUCCGGCAUCUGGAGAGGACUCUUCAGUGCAUGUUCAUUUUAUAUUCACCCAGGCCGCGAGUUUUGUGCUUGCUGUCUACAUUCUAACUGUCACUGUAUUAUAUGACUUGUUUUCUUUCAGUAAGGUUGUUGGAUACAUUUUUGUUGCCAUAAUGGUCGUCCUCUUGACCUCCCCUCUUGCAAUUCCUGUCAAGAUGACAUUUUUUCCUACAAACAAUAAGAAGUUUGGCCCACAAGUUCCUUCUUCAGAUAGUUUAGCACAGGAAGAAGGUGAAUCAACCCCAGCUGAUCCAUUGUUGCUGACACCAUCUUCAUCAGCCGCUAAUCUCGGGAUGGAGAGUGAGGAUGUUUCGGAUGUGGAAUACCUUCUCGCAGUGGGAGAAGGGGCUGUAAAGAAGAAAAGAAGGCCUAGAAGAGGGGAAGAUUUCAAGUUUCAUGAAGCCUUUAUCAAGGCCGAUUUCUGGCUUCUUUGGUUUGUGUAUUUUCUCGGGGUUGGUUCUGGAGUAACAGUUCUUAAUAAUUUGGCUCAAAUUGGAGCUGCUGUAGGUGUUGAUGAUACAACAGUGCUGCUGUGUGUCUUCAGCUUCUUCAAUUUUCUGGGACGUCUGGGGUCAGGUGUAGUUUCUGAAUACUUUGUCAGGUCUAAAGCUCUUCCUCGGACAAUUUGGAUGACAUUUGCUCAAAUAAUCAUGAUUGCAACAUUCCUUCUGUAUGCAUCGGCCCUCAAUGGUACUCUAUAUGGUGCUACUGCUCUACUCGGGAUAUGCUACGGUGUUCAGUUUAGCAUCAUGAUCCCAACUGCGUCUGAGCUUUUUGGUUUGAAACAUUUUGGCAUUAUUUUCAACUUCAUGCAGCUGGGCAAUCCUAUCGGCGCAUUUCUUUUCUCGGGUAUCCUUGCGGGUGAUGUAUAUGACGCAGAAGCUGCGCUACAGGGGGUGUCAACGUGCUUGGGUCCGACUUGCUUCAGGCUCACAUUCCUUGUUUUAGCUGGUUUAUGUGGGUUAGGCGCCCUCCUGAGCAUUGUUUUGUAUGUUAGAAUUCGACCAGUUUACCAAAGUCUUUACUCUGAGGGUUCUUUCCGUAUUCCCCCGGGUUCAGACCAUUGAUAAGCGAAAACAUCUUUCAGAUGGGAGGUCAUUAGCAAUAUUCAACCACAGUUGAGCAACACCAUUGAGUUUUCACUUCUCAGAGAGGCGGUUACACAAUCAUUGCAGCAUCUGAUCUUUGGUGUUUAAGAUCUUCUACAAUAAACAUCAGGAUCAUCGUGAGUGUCAAACAUCGUGGGAACCUGUUGUUUUGUUGUAAACUACAACUACUGCAGAAUAUCAAGUUUUGGCAGAACUUUCUCAUUCUCGGUAUAUUAGUUAGAUAGCUAUUCGGGGUUUCUGUCUAGCGUGCUCUAUAUGGAGACGUAACUGACGAUACUCUGUUGUCGGGAGCAGAUGUUCUGUAAGUUUGACGAGACAUAUUACGGUUGAGUUGAAAUAACAGUAUGUUAUGGCGUUCUA